CUAGAGAAAACAACUUUCUUCCUGGCAAAUAAAUACAGGGACAUCAAUUUAGAUGCAGUGUUGGGAUUUCGUGUUUUUGCAAGUUCAUUUGAAAGGAGCCCUGGAGAAAUGGGCCUCAGAACAUGAAUUACUAUCUCAGCAGGUCCGAGUUGAAAGGCUGGUGAAGAAGUUGUCUUCUCUGAUUGAAAAAGCGACUCAUUCUCUUGAGCUGAGUGACCCAGAGUAUUUCAAAAGUAAAACUAAGUGGUACCAAUUCUGGGGGGGGAGGGGGUAUGUGCAAAAGGGCAUUUAUUAUUUAGACUGGAGGUGUUUAUACGGAAAUGUUUUCCCCAUCUGUUUUGCCUUAUGAAGCAGGUGCUAUAGCUUCUGAAUAGGAACAAAUAAUUAUCAGAGACAGAGGCAUCUGCUGUGCAUCAUAUUCCUGUAGACACUUAGGAAAGGAAGGUGUUUAGUGGUUAGAAAGGAACUGAGUCUGAACUUGUGGGUGCUGUUCCUGGCUCUGCUACCAGCUUACUGUGUAGCCUUGGGAAAUUCGCUAAGGCUCUGAUACAGGUUUCUUUGAAGUCACUUGUACUAAAUCCACUGCUUAUGUCAUGUCUUCCCUAGCUAUGUCAUCUCUGAGCUGUCAGGUGCAUGGCCUUUUAACUAUUGUUGAAAACCAAAAAUGACAUUUUUCUGCAAUUGAUUUAUUGCAUCCCCAGAUAUAACGGUUCAAAAUCCUUCCAAAUAGAUUCAUAUAAUCUGUUUCUGGCCAUCACUGACUUUAAGGACUAACCUUGUUCCCAUUUCUUUGGACAUAAAGAGAAUGCACGAUUCUGUGGUACAGUACAUCACAGUAACUGGCUCAUCAGAAGCACACAGAAGCACAAAUCUUUAAAUGGAGGCAUAUGGGAUGUAUCUGAGUGCCCAGGCAAUAGGGAGAACCCUCCACAAAAUGUUCUACCAUUGCUAAUGCAAAGCAGAAGGCAGUAAGGUUGAAUAACAAGGAAUGUGUCACCCUUGCUACCACUUCAUUAUUUAUGGGUUUUCUUCUUUGAUUUGCUUUCAGAAUUUGAGCCAAUUUUAGGACGAAAUUUUUGGAUGCUUCCUCAUUCGUGGAACCAAACAAACUCCUCACUUGCCUACUCCAUGUUUGACGGCAUCAGCUGUUUUACAAAGGAAAUGAGUGAUAAAUGCUUUACAUAUUUGCUAGGAACUUGGAAAGAUAAUGGCAAGUCCUGCAUUGUCACCAGGGCCUGUAGGAACAUCAUGACAAAGUUUGGAUGCUCAGAUUACUCCCUGUCACAUCAGCUUUUCUACUUCAUGUUUGCAGAUGUGAAAGGCUGCUCGGAUCAUCUGUUCCUGAGGGCCCAAUAUUACAAGAAUAUUUUCUGUGCUUGCAUGAUGAAAAUAAACCUGGUGAUCGAAAGUACUGGGUUCAGGUUUUCCUCUCGAGACCUCUUCAUGGAAAAUAAUGAGAAUUCUGAACACCCAUCCAGGGUGAAAGACCAAGAGCAACUAUUGAGAAGAGUUAAAAGAAGAGAGAAGGUGUUUGCAGAUGGAUGUUCCUUUCAUAACACAGCCACGGCGGUCGGAGUACUGGGGGGAUUCCUCUACUACUACUGAAAAUGCCAAUAUGUGACAGAUGAUCAACUUGGAACUUCCCAUACACAGAGCGGUGAUUGGUUAGUCCUGAAGCAAUACCAGCUCCAGUUUUAGCAUGCAAUAGGAGUAGUCUUUUCAGUCAAAAUCUACCCUUGCAACACACUGAGCAACCCCACUAUGGUAGCCAAGUUGUAAUCACGCUGCCACUGACUAGUGCUAUUUUGGCAGCACAGUGGAGAUUUUAUUGGCAGGUUUUCAAAACUGUAAUGGGCCAGUGGUUAUUACAGUAACAAGAGUUCCUAAUGUAGUCUUCCUCCUGAGCUCCCAUUACAACUGAACACACAGGGGACAAUUCUUCUCUUAUCUCUACUGACGUUGAAUGCAUCAUCUUCCACUUCAGUGACGUUAGAUGAAUUUGUUUAUCAUGGGCAGCUCUCACCUUAUUAUCUAAGGGCCUCAAUCCUGCAAGGUGCUGAGCACCCUCAGCACCCAUUAAAUUCUAUGAUGUUGGAAUAUCUUCAUGGACCAGAUGAGGUCAGCAUUCAGGCCUAUUUUGCAGACUGGUUUGACAUGCUGCCCAUGCUCUGAAUAAGAUAUAUCACACAAUGCACAGAACAGAUCACGUUUCUUGGAUAAGGUGAAGAAAACCACUGUGCAGACCCCACUGCUGCGCAAUCUUUAAGUUACUAUUCUGUUACCCAAUGGCUGAAUCUUAAGAUUCUUUUCUUUGUUAUUUUACUAUCAGUGUAACUAAAGAUGUUCGAUAUUGUGCUACCCUUGGAAGUAAUUUCUGUAUUGUCUGCCACUGAGUACAUGGUAACAAUGAAAUUUCUGGUUUCAGAGUAGCAGCCGUGUUAGUCUGUAUCCGCAAAAAGAAAAGGAGGACUUGUGGCACCUUAGAGGCUAACAAAUACAUUUUUCUUAAUAAUUUUCUUUUUAAUGAAAUUUCUGUUUCCUUGACCAGCAGAUCACAGGUAACUAUAGGUAUGGGCAACCUGGCUGGGCUGAAUGAGAUAAUAAAGUCCUGAAUAUUUGCUCAGAACUCUUACUCAAAUGGAAUCUUAUUGCCUUUUUGCAAUUAGGGAAAAGUAAGAUAAAGAAACAGAUUUAUUCAGGGCAAUGCCCUGUUUCCCUCCCCAAGCACUUGCACACAUAAACACACACACAACCACGGUGAGGCCUCUUCUUUUGAAAUCUGCUUUCAUUCCCACUAAUAAUAUCCUACUGUUGCCAGCACCCAGUGCCGAGAGGCAAAACAACAGCAGGGGUUCGUUACCCGGUGUGUUUCACUCAAUAAUCACAACGGGGUGGAGAAGCAGAAAAGUUUAUUUGCAGCUGCAAACAAGGUACAGGGAGAAUAGAUUCUCAAAUCCUGCACACCAAAGCAGGUCAUUACACACACUUUUAUAUUCCUUAAUGCUACUGCACUACACAUCAGGCAAUUAAAACUUUGCACAAAUACUCUGCCUUCCUUAUAUGGGUUACAACAAUGUUUAUUUCCUGCAACCUCUAACAAGCAUUUCUAGAAACUUAAACAACCAGCACAUUCUGUCUGGCCUUGUAACUAUCUCCUAUUAUCUUUAGCUUGGCGUCAGCAUACCUUACACUAUAAGGCAUUAUCUGCGGCUGCAACAUUGUUUUAAGAGCAAAAGAGCUUACUCAAACCAGCCAGGCCUGAGUUCUAUUAAGGGGGGUUGAGAAGAAGCCCUUAGGCCUUCAGCAGGGAGACUUCCUCAACCCUUAUGGCCUUCCAUCCCCUCGACUUAACUAGUGGCCAUGCCCUGGGGUCUCCAACAAUUCAGUUACUUUCUUAUGUUAUUUACACUGCUUAACAAUAAGGUAAAUUGCUUCUUGCAUUUGUUUCCUUGUCUGGAUUAUAACUGUGUUGUGUCACAUGGCUGAUUAAAUGAGGCUCCUGUGAGCUACCAGACUGCAACUUAGCACCACUGUUCUAUACAUAUGUACCUUCAGCAGUCUGUUAAAUUACUGACACUUUACUUGCUUUGUAGA